AACGCAAGAACAUUGUCAUUGACUUGCUGACUUUGCGACUGCAGGUGACUUGCUGACUUUGGGACUGCAGGUGACUUGCUGACUUUGGGACUGCGGGUGACUUGCUGACUUUGGGACUGCGGGUGACUUGCUGACUUUGGGACUGCGGGUGACUUGCUGACUUUGGGACUGCGGGUGACUUGCUGACUUUGGGACUGCAGGUGACUUGCUGACUUUGGGACUGCGGGUGACUUGCUGACUUUGGGACUGCAGGUGACUUGCUGACUUUGGGACUGCAGGUGACUUGCUGACUUUGGGACUGCAGGUGACUUGCUGACUUUGGGACUAUGGUUGUCGUGAACGGUUUUGCGCUCGGGUUUCUAUCAGUGGGGGUUUAUAGCAUCAACGAAGCUGACUUUAUGUUAGGACUGUUAAUGUUAGUCAUGUUGUCUGUUGUUGCCCGGAUGGGGAUGGGUUCCCUUUUGAGUCUGGUUCCUCUUGAGGUUUCUUCCUCAUGUCGUCUGAAGGAGUUUUUCCUUGCCACCGUCGCCACAGGCGUGCUCGUUGGGGAUAGAUUAGGGAUAAAAUUAGCUCGUAUUUUAAGUUGUUCAAAUUCUGUAAAGCUGCUUUGCGAUAAUGUUUAUUGUUCAAAGCGCUAUACAAAUAAACUUGACUUGACCCUACACUGAAAAUGCUUGGGAUUUAUCACCAGCAUGUCAGAUAUUAUUGCAGAUUUCUCAGGAGCCAGUCAGGAUGUGUGAUAACUGUAUCCAGACAGUACCCAACUAUGAGAGAAUUGUUGUAUUCCGUUUGGGUCGCGUCCGGCCUCCAAAGGGCCCAGGAGUGGUUUUAGUGCUUCCGCUCAUUGACCAGUGGCAAAGAGUGGAUCUAAGGACCAGAGCUUUCAACAUCCCACCAUGCAGGGUGACCACUAAAGACGGUGGCCUGGUGUCUGUCGGGGCAGAUAUCCAGUUCCGGAUCUGGAACCCAGUCAUGUCUGUGGUGGCGGUGCAGGAUUUAAAUGCUUCUACACGCCUUACUGCACAGAACGCUAUGACUCAGGCCCUGGGCAAGAAGUCUGUAAGAGAGAUACAGACAGAGAGAGUCAAACUGGGCGAGUAUCUUGGGAUGGACAUAAAUGAUCUGACGAAGCCUUGGGGUUUGGAGGUGGACCGGGUUGAACUGACCUUGGAAAGUGUCCUUCGUGCCCCAGAUGAGUCAUACUCAGAGUCACUCAUCCUGCCUCCUUCUGUCCCUGGCCUAGAGGGUCUGACUGGGCCUAUACAGCAGCUUGCCAUGCACUUUCUGGGGCAAAGUGCAGCAGGAUCUCCACCUACUAAAGAUACAGUGCUCUUCACUGAUGAGUUGAGCACAGAGGCUCCAGUAACUGAAAGCAGCAGCGUGAUCGAGGAGCUUCUGGCAGCAGUGAGGCUGGUGCUGUCUGAGGGCUUGGUUAGGCAAGUUGGAGCCUGUUUCCAGUUUCACAUUAGUACCAGCACUGGCCAGACCAGGAGCUACUAUGUGGAUCUAACUCGAAAUAGUGGAACAUGUGGUGCAGGUGAGGUGAUGCAGCCAGAUGUGUCUCUCAGUAUGAGCGAGCAGGAUAUGCUGGCUAUGUUCCAGGGCAGCCUGCGGCCAAUCACAGCAUACAGCAGCGGCAGAUUGAGAGUUCAGGGAGACUUGAACACUGCCAUGAAACUAGAUGCACUUGUUAAACUCAUCAAGCCUCCAUGAUGUCUAGUUCUACAUUCAUUUAUUGAAAAGGUGUAUGUCAUGCCUUCACAAGCCACAAAUCUGUCUUACAGUUUCAAAAUGUAAGCAGUACUGUUUAUAUCAUUUCUUGAAUAUUUAUCAAAGCUAAAUGAUGUAAUAGGAUUGUAAUAUAAAAAUGAGCAUGUGGAUUAAUAAUAGCCAUUUAGGACAGACAUUAAAACAUGCAUGCUGUCAGGUAAAUCUGAAAAAAAAGGGAAAAAAUCCCUGUGAAAUAUUUCUGUAUCUGUGAACCUGAAAUAGGAUGUUUUUUUUUUUUUUAAAUUGCACUGUUUAAAAGUACAAGUGUGUAUAACUGUAAUAAAAUAUUUAUUGAAAUACA